AUGAAAGAUAUUUUAGUUAUUCACAUUGGAGCAGGUAAACAUGAUCCCAAUAAGCUGAAAAAGUACAAAACACUACUACGAAAUGCAUUAUCAAAGACAUCAAUAGUAGAAGCAAGUGAUGUGAUUGAAUCAUCCCCACUAACUAAUACAGGCUAUGGAUCAUCAUUAAAUCUAUUGGGCAAAGUAGAAUGCGAUGCAAGCUUUAUAACUAAUGACAAGAUAGGUGCAGUUGUUAAUAUGUCCUGUAAGAAUCCUACCAAGGAGUUGUUUCGUGUGUUUCAAUAUCUCGAUACAUUGUAUGAAUCAGACGAAACCGACUUAACAUCGCCAGUGAUGUUGACUUAUCCACUAUUGAAAAACUUGGUCCCACAUAUAGUGGAUGACGAUUUAGUAUCGGAAAAAUCAAGGAAAUUAUAUGACAUGUACAAAGACAAGAUUUUCCAAGGUGAUUAUUCAAAACAUUGUGCCAUACCCCAUGAGAUUUCUGAUACUAUUGGCAUCACUCAUAUAUCUGACAACGAGACGACAAUUGUAACAUCAUCAGGAGGGAAUUUUUUCAAACUACCUGGUAGGAUAGGAUGUGCUGGUGUUAUUGGAGCAGCUAUAGCCCGAAAGAAGCUUGAUGAUUGCGAAAUCUGCUGUAUGUGUUCUGGCAAUGGGGAACAAAUUAUCAAAAGUAAGUUGGCAUGGGAGAUAGCCAAUAAUAUUUACAAUGUUGCUGGUGAUGAGUAUGGUAAAUAUCUUGAAAGAAAAGUAUAUGAAUUGAACCCCAAGUUUUACGUUGGCUUUAUCAUUAUUCUAAACUACCAAUCACGGGUCCAGCUACUAUAUGGACACACCACACCAACAUUCUACUUUGGCUUCCGGUCACCAAACCAAACAAGGAUCAUUCUAAGUAGUUCAGAUAAAAUGGGACACUUUACAUUUGGAGAGUACAGUCUCCAUUAA